AUGUAUAACGACAACGUCGUGGAGCGCCCGCGAGUCGGGUCGUUGAUGCUGUACCGAGGGAAAGGUGGUCAGAUUGCGCAACGGCUUUUCGGAGCCAGCGGUCGCAAUAACAUGCUUUCACUCUUCGACCAAGGGUUGGUGAGCGGAGCCAACUUCUUCGCUUCGGUCGUGGUCGGGCGAUUCGCAGGGCCCGCCGAACUAGGGCUCUACUUCCUGGGCUUCACACUGAUCGCCCUGUUGACGUCGGCCCAAAUCUCUUUGAUCUCGGUGCCACACACCAUCUAUGUGCACCGCAGAGAGCAGGGCGAUCGCGCGACCUACGACGGAAGUGUGCUGGCCCAUCAAAUGCUGCUCUCGGCCGUCGUGGUGUUGGCAUUAGUGAUCACCAGCGCCGUGCUGUGGGCCGAGGGAAGCAACCGCGGAGCUGCCGCCGUGGCCGCGACGCUUGCCAUCGCCGUUCCUUUCGUGCUCCUCCGCGAGUUCGGCCGGCGUUAUUGCUUUGCCCACAUGAAGAUUGCCGGCGGCCUGCUGAUCGAUUUCUGUGCAGUAGCCCUGCAAGUCGUCCUGCUCAUCUGGUUGAGCCAAGUCGGACAGCUUACCGCCGUCACCGCCUUGGCCACCUUAGGAGCGUCUUGUGCCGUUUCCAGCGUCGGCUGGCUCUGGGCCUCCCGGGCCCGCUUUCACGUGGUGCUUCGCCAGGCGAUCGACGACCUAACACACAAUUUCGCGUUGGCGAAAUGGGUCUUCGCUUCGGAAUGCGGAGCGAGCUUGCUCACACUCUCAGGGCCCUGGCUCACGGCCGCCAUGCUCGGCAAAGCCGAGGCCGGUAUAUACGCCGCCUGCGUCACACUGGCCCAGGCCGUGAACCCCGUCGUAUUCGGCACCUGCAACAUUCUUGCUCCACGCGCCGCACAGUCCUUUAUGGCCGGAGGCAUCCAGGAAGUGCGAAGGGUCGUCCUUCAAGUUAUGGCCUUUGUCGGCGCCGCCCUGGUGGUCUGGUGCGCCUUCCUACUGCUCUACGGCGAAUCCGUCAUCGGCGUUCUAUACGGAGACGGCUUCGCCAAUUCGAUGUGGAUCGUCACCAUGCUGGGCGCCGCCGUAAUGGUGCGUUCGCUGGGAAUGGUCACCACCCAAGGGCUCCAGACCAUCGAGCGUCCGCAGUUCGGCCUGUGGUCGAACCUGGUAUCUCUGGUGAUGCUCGCUGCGUUUGCCCCGAUUUUGAUUCCCCGCUGGGGCGUGUUCGGUGCGGCGGCCAGUAUUUUCAUUGCCGAUGGCACCGGGGGCACUGGAACCCGAGGGGGCCCUAUCAUGAGAGCAAACAACCAACAAGUGCGAUCGAGCUGGGUCGACUAUUUAGUCGUGGUUCUGGUCAUUGGGUAUCUCACACUCGGCCGCCGCUUCGCCUAUGUGGGCGUCUCUCCGUUCUUCAUUGGCGAGCUUGGCCUAGGGGGCAUUCUUCUGGCCCGCUACCGUGCCUUGAUCGGCACCUGGGCUACGGCGCUCGCCCGUCCUUCGCCGAUCGGCGCGGUGGCCUGGACGAUAUUCGCAGGCGGUCUCUACGGACUGAUCUCCGCGUUACGUGGAGUCAACUCAGGCUACGACAUCGUCGUUAUCCUCAAGCUGUUGGUCCUGCAUACAUACCCCCUGUUUUUCUUCGUAGGGGCCUACGUUGGUCAGCACCAACCCGAUCUACUCCGUCGCAUGCUGCACUGGCUGGCCUGGAUCGUCGGCGUUUAUGGGGUCAUCUAUAUCUUCAUAUUACAGCCAGCCAACAUGGGUGCGGUCUCAGCCUCGGCCGAAAUCCCUCUGGCCGGACAACCCUAUGGCCCCGCCGUUGCUCUGCUGGGACUACUCUGUUUCACGCCCAACUUGAGCAGCGUGUGGCUACCACUAUUGCUGAACGCCAUCGUGUUGCUAGGUCUGCAGGUGCGUGCCUCGUGGCUCGGUUUCGCGGCGUCGCUUUCGCUGUGGGCCUUACUAAAGGGGCAGGUCAAACGCAUCGUGGUGCUUGGCCUAGUGAUGGGCUCGCUCCUCCUGGCGGCGGCAGUCACCGAUCUCAGCAUUCCCGCCCCCGGCCGUCGUGGUGGUGAACUUUCGGCCAAGGGCAUUCUGGCCCAAGCCGUUGCUCCAGUGGCCCCCAAGUUGGCCAAGCAAAUCGAAAGUGGCGGCGACAAAGAAGUCUACUCCGGCACCGUGAACUUCCGCGUAAUGUUCUGGGAAGCCAUUUGGGAGAACGUGCAUUCGAAUCAAAUGUGGACGCUGUUCGGCCCCGGCUACGGAUUCCCCAUUUGGGAUCUUGGACCCGCGAUGCCGGCUGAAGCCCCGCAGUUGCGUUCACCACACAACGUGUUCAUGUACUGCCUCGCCUACACCGGCUGGGUCGGCGCGGGCUUGUUCUACGCCAUGCAAAUCGCCAUCGCCAUGGUGCUGUGGCGAGUCUAUCGACAAACAGGGCAAGCCUUCGGGCUGUGCUACGUCAUCCUCAUCAACUUUUGGGCCAUGUUCGAUCCCUUGAUCGGCUCACCGAUGGGGGCCAUUCCCUACUACCUGCUGGUCGUCGAGAACACCACCGAACACGCCUCCAAAAAAACGACGCCCGGACGGGUGCAGUGGCCAAAGAAGGUCGAUCUCUUCGGCCUUGGUGUCACACCCACUACCUACGAAGAAGCCUCGGACACAAUCAUCGCCGCUGGCAAACUGCGUCAGCCGUCGGUCGUCUCCUGCCAUGCGGUCCACGCCAUCGUCACGUUCACCAGCGAUGAUGAGUUACGCAAAAAGGCAAACACCUUCGAGAUGAUCACCCCCGACGGGCAACCCGUCCGUUGGGCACUCAACACGCUGCACAAAGCAAACCUCACCGAUCGAGUCUGUGGGCCGAAGCUCACCUUAGAACUCUGCCGCAAGGCCGCGGAAGAGGGCGUGUCCAUCUAUCUCUAUGGCGGCAGCCCUGCGGUGGUCGAGCAGUUGAAGAUCAACCUGGAAGAAGCCUACCCAGGGUUGGUUGUCGCCGGUUACGAGUCACCACCGUUUCGGCCGCUCACCCCAGAAGAAGACGCUGAGAUGGUCGAACGCAUCAAUGCCAGCGGGGCAGGGCUGGUGUUCAUCGGCCUCGGAUGUCCCAAGCAGGAUCUCUUCGCUUACGAACACCGCGGCCGCAUCAAGGCCGUGCAACUGUGCGUCGGGGCAGCGUUUGAUUUCCAUGCGGGUGCCAAAGCUCCGGCACCCGAGUGGAUGCAAAAGCGGGGCCUCGAAUGGUUCUAUCGCCUCAUGCAAGAACCACGUCGCCUUGGAGGCCGGUACUUCACAACAAACAGCCUUUACCUGAUGAAAUGGGCUCGGGCCUCGCUGCGAGGAUCGGCCAAAGCUCAGCCGGCGGAGGUGUCGGCAGGGUAA